AUGGACCGGUCCGGUGCAGGGCUGAAGGAGGAGGCCAGCUUCAGAGAGGCCCCGGGACAGGACUUUGUGACCCUGGACUACCGCCUCCGCUACUACCCCAGCAUCACAUAUGCAGUCAUAGGCAGCGCGGUCAUCUUCGUCCUGGUGGUGGCGUUACUGGCUCUGGUCCUCCAUCACCAGAGGAAGAGGAGUGUCCUGCUUCCCAGAGGGGUACGGGGCGGCUCACAUCACCACCAGCCCCUGCUCCUGUCCCGCCUGGUGAUCUUAGACCGCAUGGCCCCCAGCAGCAGCAGCAGCACGGCGGGGCAGUACAGCUCCACACCACAGGCUCUGCAGCUGCUCUCCGGGACGCUGUACCCAUCAGGACUCUCACUGGACUCUCCUCCGUCAUACUCACAGGCUGUUCUGGACGCCAGCCGGCCUCCAUGGUUCGACCUGCCCCCUCCUCCGUACAACCCAGAGGAAGCGGUCCCAUCAGAGAGUGAACUACCCCAAUACGAGGCAACCCAGAACCCCAGCUCGGUGCAUCCGUCUGUCCCGUCCAGGACUUUUCCCACAGACACAAGAACUGACUCCACACAAGAGCCCCAGCAUCCAGAGACGUUGUAA